AUGCAUCUAAUUCUCACCGGCGCUACUGGGCUCAUCGGCUCAAGCGUUCUUGAUGCCAUGCUGAAGACGGCUGAGGUCACCAAAAUAUCCAUUCUAAGCCGUCGACCCGUCGCAAUGGCCGAGAACGCCAAAGACCCCAGAGUCAAUGUCAUUAUCCACAAAGAUUUCCUCAAUUACGAUUCAGAAGUACUCAGCAAACUACAAGGCGCUAGCGGCGCAGUCUGGGCUCUUGGAGUUAGUCAGACCAAGGUAUCGAAAGAGGAGUUUAUUAAGAUUACAAAAGACUACACUAUUGCAGGUGCAGAAGCUUUCUCUAAGCUUGCGCCCAACGACGAUCCGUUUCGUUUCGUGUUCGUGUCAGGCCAAGGUUCAACUCAGACGCCUGGCCGAUUCAGCAAUCUGUAUGGCCGUACCAAGGGCGAGACUGAAAUAGCGCUUUCAGAGAUGCGCUCUGCAAGUCCUCGCCUCUUGGCUGACGCCGUUGGGCCUGGGUUUGUGGAUGGCAAGGGUCACGCCGCUAUUCAGCCCUAUCUACAACAACAAGGCUUUCUCAUUGAUAACAGCAAAAUGUUGCUUCGACGACCGAUUGAAGUGGCUGUAAAGUGGUUACAUUGCCCAACAGAGCCAAUGGGACGCUUCUUGGUCGGAAUGGCUCUGGGGAAAUACGAGACACAGUUGCGAGUAGAUCCCGACGUCGUAACAAUGGAUAGCGGUCUCAGGGUCAUUAAGAAUUCUACGAUAACACGGAUAACUGGUCUUGAAAGCUAG